GCCACUAGUAGAAAUGAGCAGCUGGUUUUGCUGUUUGAGAUGCAGAGAGUCCCCAGGCCAGCUCUUCUCUGCGGCAGAGACUACCUGCAGCACACCUGGGAGAAAGCCUACCAGGAUCACAGGAGAAAGAUCCAAGACGCCCAGCCUCUUGUGGACACCAGCGCCCCUCUGAGCUUCAGUCACCUCCACCUGAAAUUCAAGAAGCUGAAGCUGGAGGAAGAACGGCUCGCCGUCAUUGACCGGGACAACCGUCUGCUGCUGGAGAGGUUGUCCUGCAUCAUGAGGACCAUGGGACAGGCUGAAAGUAGAAAGAGCCACACACAGAAGAGGACAGUACUGAAGAAGGAAGGAAAAGAGGAAGCAGAAGUGAUCUCGGGGAGGUGCCAGCCAGUCAGAGAGCCACAGGAAGAGCCUCAGCUUGAACAAAGCAGCCAGGCUUGAGGAAACCUGAAGGGACAUGAAGUGCCCUAGGUGACCUGCAAGCCGACCCAGCUCUUCCCAUUCCAGGAAAUUAGCUCCUCAGGCUUUGCAAGUUACACACCACCUCCUUGCCCUGCUUGGAUUUUAAAGCAGGCAAAGAACGUUUAUGCCUUUCCUACAUAUUUCUUUUUAUUCUACUCCGGACUGAGAAUGAGUGUGGCACACUCUGGGCUCAGACUCAGAAUGAAUUCAGCUUUACUGUGGCUCUGAAGUCUCCUAUCUUGAAGUAGUUGGCACCAAGCUAAUUCAGCUAAUGGCCCAGCACACAAUAAUGGUAAAAAUGGUGUGUCCCUCAAAUACCCACCAUUUGCUUCAACGUGGAUGGAACUGGAGGGUAUUAUGCUGAGUGAAGUAAGUCAAUUGGAGAAGGACAAACAUUAUAUGUUCUCGUUCAUUUGGGGAAUAUAAAUAAUAAUGAAAGGGAAUAUAAGGGAAGGGAGAAGAAAUGUGUGGGAAAUA